AUGGCCGAGUUCUUACUGCCUGAUACCAACAACUUCCGUAAGUUCACUUAUGAAUCCUUGGUUGCUAUUGAAAAAAGAAUUGCUGCCAAGAGGAGUUGUCGAAGAAAUACUACAGACCAGAAACCUGAGGAGAAACCACGUCCUCAACUUGACCUAAAAGCUUUCCAGAAGUUACCAGCUCUCUAUGGAAAUCCUCCUCCAGAGCUCAUUGGGGAACCACUGGAGGAUCUUGACCCAUACUACAAAGAUCGUAAGAUUUUCAUAGUGCUAAACAAACAGAAAACAAUCUUCAGAUUUACUGCUACACGUGCCUUAUGGAUCCUCAGUCCUUUCCAUCCAAUCCGAAGAACAGCCAUUAAAAUUUUAGUACAUUCAUUAUUCACUUUGUUUAUCAUGUGCACGAUUAUAACGAAUUGUGCAUUCAUGGCACUGACUGAGUCCUCUAAGACUUCUCCAUCUCCUUCAUGGAACAAGUAUGUUGAAUUUACUUUCACUGGCAUUUAUACUUUUGAAUCAUUGAUAAAAAUAUUGGCAAGAGGAUUCUGUCUAAAUGAAUUCACUUUCCUUCGAGAUCCCUGGAACUGGUUGGAUUUCACUGUUAUUGUUAUGGCGUACGUGGGAGCAUUUAGUAACUUGGGGAGCGUGUCAGUCCUUCGGACUUUCAGGGUUCUGAGAGCUUUAAAAACCAUUUCAGUAAUCCCAGGACUCAAGAUCAUUGUAGGGGCACUUAUCCAGUCUGUUAAGAAACUUGCCAAUGUGAUGAUCCUGACUGUUUUCUGCCUAAGUGUCUUUGCCCUUAUAGGCCUCCAGCUUUUUAAGGGCAAUCUAAGACAAAAGUGUAUCAGGAACUCUACAGACUUCAGUAAAAUACCUUAUUUGCUUAACAAAACAUGGGAAUCCUAUGAAAUAUUUGCUAAUGACACAGCAUCCAUUGCUAAGAAAAAGGGCACCUCAGAUAUUUUGCUAUGUGGUCCUGGUGCUGGGAUCUGUCCUCCAGACUAUAUAUGCUUGAAAAUUGGGCCAAAUCCUGAUUAUGGUUUCACUAGUUUUGAUACGUUUGGCUGGGCUUUUCUUUCCUUAUUCCGCCUGAUGACCCAGGACUACUGGGAGCGUCUGUACCAGCAGACCCUCAGAGCUUCUGGGAAGGUAUAUAUACUCUUCUUCAUGCUGGUCAUCUUUCUGGGCUCGUUUUAUCUAGUCAACUUGAUUCUGGCUGUAGUAACAAUGGCAUACGAAGACCAGAACAAGGCCACCAUUGCUGAAACGGAGGCAAAGGAAAGGAAAUUUCGGGAAGCCAUGGAAUUAUUACAGAAGGAGCAGGAGUCAUUGGCUAUUAAAGGAAUUGAUAUCCUGUCAAUUAGCUCCUUUGAAGCCUCUUCUCUGUCUACCAAAGAAAUCAAAGAAAGAUGCAAUAGGAAAAAGAGAAAUAAGUCCUUGGGGAUAGAAGAUAAUGAAGAAGAAGAACAAUUCCCCAAGUCACAGUCCACAGACAAUCAACGCAAGUUGUCUUUCCUUGGCCUGGUGUACGGUCCCAACGCAAAUCAGGUGAAACGCAGACUUAGCCACGGGAGCGUGUUCAAUUUCCAAAUACCUGCUUUAGAAGUUGAUUCCAGAACGGAUAUUGGUGACGAGGAGACCCGCAGUGCCGGGGAACAUGAAAUCCAGUGUCGGUCACUGUCGGUCACGCAGAUGGGAAGACGCUCCAGCGUGCAAAGUCAAAUGAGCCACAGCUCUCACCCCGCUACCCCAAACUGUGUGCAGAGCGGCAAGUGGGCUAACGUGGAUGACUGCAAUGGGGUGAUUUUGAUGACGGGAGGAGGAAGCAGCAGGGUGCACAGUCUAGAUCCAGUGUCUUCUGAAGGAGUAAUGCUUCCACCAGUGAUGGAAGACCCAGGAAAGAGUGAUCUGCAGCCAGCUGUAAAUGAUGAGAGCAGCAUGAUGCAUUUGCCUCCUCAUCUGUCAGUGGAGUACUUUAACGAGGCACUUCAGAGACAAAGGGCAGCAAGUGCAGUCAGCAUAAUUACCAGUGUCUUGGAGGAACUUGAGGAAUCCCAGCGGAGAUGCCCGCCGUGCCUGAAUGAUUUUGCUUUGAAGUAUCUAAUUUGGGACUGUUGUCCGCUUUGGUUGAGAAUCAAGAAAAAAGUGGCUGCUUUCAUAAAGGAUCCUUUUAUUGAUCUCACCAUCACUGUUUGCAUUGUGAUGAACACUUUGUUCAUGGCACUGGAGCACAAUAAUAUGUCAGAUAAUUUUAAAUCGAUGCUUAAUGUAGGCAAUUUGGUUUUUACAGGAAUCUUCACUGCAGAAAUGGUCUUAAAAAUCAUUGCUCUAGACCCCUAUUAUUAUUUUCAGCAACACUGGAAUAUUUUUGACAGUAUAAUUGUCACAUUGAGUUUAAUUGAACUGAGUUUACCCAAACAAAAAGGCAAGAAAGAAAGGCGAAAAGGAGGAACCCUGUCAGUUUUACGAUCCUUCAGACUGUUGAGGGUCUUCAAACUGGCAAAGUCCUGGCCAACUUUAAACACUCUAAUUAAAAUCAUUGGUAACUCCCUGGGAGCACUGAGUAAUCUGACCCUCGUCCUGGCAAUCAUCGUUUUCAUUUUUGCUAUAAUAGGGGUGCAACUUUUUGGGAGAAGCUAUGGGGAGAACAGCCAUAAAAUAAACAAAAAUGGCAGGCCACGCUGGCACAUGAUGGACUUUUUCCACUCAUUCCUCGUCAUUUUCCGAAUUCUGUGUGGAGAAUGGAUUGAGACCAUGUGGGACUGCAUGGUGGUCGCUGAACAACCACUGUGCCUUCUUGUCUUUCUGCUGGUCAUGGUGAUAGGAAAUUUAGUGGUUCUCAACCUUUUCAUUGCGCUACUGCUGAAUUCCUUCAGUACUGACUGUCUCCAGACAGCAGAGGAUGAUGGAGAGAUGAACAAUCUUCGGAUUGCCUUUGCUCGGAUUCACAAGGGAUUUCUCUUUGUGAAGAGUGUUACAUGGGAUACCUGUUGUGGAAAGCUCAGGCAUAUAAAGAAAGCACCCAGGAAGAAAAUCAAAUUGACUGCACAGAAUCCACUUGGGUUCAAGCAUGAAGAAAUAAAAAAUUGUAAAGAGAAUUACAAUAAUGAAUGGGCUGAGAAAAAUGGGGACAAAUGUUCAGGUCUUGAAGAUUUUAUUACCAAUCCCAAUGUAUUUGUUUGUGUCCCUAUUGCUGAGGCAGAGAAUACAAGCGAGGGUUUUGAAGAUGAUGAUAAGCUGAGUACAUUUACAGACAUGGAAUACAGCAAACAGGAUGAAAAUCACCUGAGGCAAAGGGGAGAAAAAGGGAAAAACUCAGGCAGCUGGAGUAAAGGAUCAGCAUUUUCCUCUGAAGAAUUCAGUGUGCUUUACCUAGGAAAGGAUAGGAAGGCUGAAGCGUCAUCGCCAGAGCAGAAAGAGUUUGAUAGUGUCAGCUCUUCUGAAGGCAGCACAGUGGACCUGACAAACCCUGAAGAUCUUUUGAGGCAGAUUCCAGAGUUUGCUGAAGACUUCAAGACUCCAGAAAAAUGUUUUCCUGAAGGUUGUGUUCGAUACUUUCGUUGUUAUGUGGGUAGUGCCAUAAAGUUUGGAGGAGAAACAUGGUGGAAUCUGAGAAAAACCUGCUACCAGAUUGUUGAACACUCCUGGUUUGAAUCCUUUAUCAUAUUCAUGAUCCUUCUGAGCAGUGGAGCCCUGGCAUUCGAAGACAUCCAUAUAAAUAAGAGAAAAAGCAUUAAAAUUAUGUUGGCAUUUCUUGACAAAAUGUUCACUUUCAUCUUUGUCUUGGAAAUGCUCCUGAAAUGGGUGGCUUAUGGCUUCAAGAAGUAUUUCACCAAUGCCUGGUGCUGGCUGGACUUCCUCAUCGUAGACGUCUCUUUAGUAAACCUCUUCGGCAGUUCAGUUGGGACCAUGAAAUCUCUUAGGACUCUUCGAGCUCUGAGACCCUUAAGAGCAUUGUCACGAUUUGAGGGGAUGAGGGUGGUUGUCAAUGCCCUUGUGGGAGCCAUCCCUUCCAUCAUGAAUGUUCUGCUCGUCUGCCUCAUCUUCUGGCUCAUCUUUAGCAUCAUGGGAGUGAACCUAUUUGCUGGGAAAUUUGGGAAAUGUGUCAAUCUGACAGAAGAAGAUUCAGAAUUAAAUAGUUCGAUCAAUGACAUAACAGACUGUAGAAUGUAUAAUAACACAGGAAAAAUAUUCUGGGUCAAUGUUAAAGUCAACUUUGAUAAUGUUGGCUCUGGCUACCUGGCUCUUCUUCAGGUGGCAACAUUUAAAGGUUGGAUGGACAUCAUGUAUGCGGCAGUAGAUUCACGAGAGAAAAAUGAGCAGCCGCAAAUGGAGUACAGCCUAUUUAUGUAUCUCUACUUUGUGAACUUCAUCAUCUUUGGAUCUUUCUUUACCCUGAAUCUCUUUGUUGGUGUUAUUAUUGACAACUUCAACCAACAAAAGAAAAAGUUAGGGGGGGAAGAUAUCUUUAUGACAGAAGAACAGAAAAAAUAUUACAAUGCAAUGAAAAAAUUGGGAUCCAAGAAACCUCAAAAACCCAUUCCAAGACCACUGAACAGAUACCAAGGGUUCCUUUUUGAUACUGUAACACGCCAAGCCUUUGAUGUUGUCAUCAUGAUUCUCAUCUGCCUUAACAUGAUCACCAUGAUGGUGGAGACCCAUGAGCAAAGUGAAACGAAGACUAACAUCCUUAACAAAAUCAAUAUACUCUUUGUUUCCAUCUUCACUGCAGAAUGUGUACUGAAAUUGGUGGCUCUGAGGCAGUACUAUUUCUCAAAUGCCUGGAACAUAUUUGAUUUAGUUGUUGUGAUCAUGUCACUUAUCGCCUUACUGCUUUCUGGCAUCGGUAAAGCAUUUGAACAUUUCUUACCACCUACACUCUUCAGGGUCAUUCGCUUGGCUCGGAUUGGACGAAUACUGAGACUCAUCCGGGCUGCCAAAGGAAUUCGAACUCUGCUUUUUGCCUUAAUGAUGUCCCUACCUGCUCUGUUCAACAUUGGCCUCUUGCUUUUUCUGGUCAUGUUCAUUUAUGCCAUUUUUGGCAUGGCUAACUUUGCCUAUGUGAAGAUGGAAGAUGGCAUUGACGAUAUGUUCAACUUCCAAACCUUUGCUAACAGCAUGCUCUGUCUCUUCCAAAUCACCACAUCAGCUGGCUGGGAUGGUCUUCUCAGUCCUAUUUUAAACACUGGGCCACCGUACUGUGAUCCAAACAUAAAUGGUACUAUAGGUGAAUGUGGUAAACCUGCCAUAGGUAUUAUUUAUUUUGUAAGUUACAUUAUCAUAUCGUUUCUCAUUGUUGUAAACAUGUAUAUAGCUGUUAUUCUGGAGAACUUCAAUGUUGCUACUGAGGAAAGUACAGAGCCUUUAGGGGAAGAUGACUUUGACAUCUUUUAUGAAAUCUGGGAGAAGUUUGAUCCUGAGGCAACUCAGUUUAUAACUUUCUCUGCACUUUCAGACUUUGCAGAUGCUCUGGCUGAACCUUUACGUGUACCAAAACCAAACAAAGUUGAACUCAUAGCAAUGGACCUGCCUAUGGUCAGUGGAGACAGGAUCCACUGCUUGGAUAUCUUGUUUGCUUUUACCAAACGAGUGUUAGGAGAUUCGGGGGAGCUGGAUACUCUAAAAGCACAAAUGGAAGAGAAGUUCAUGGCUGCCAAUCCAUCAAAAAAAUCCUAUGAGCCAAUCUCUACUACACUCAGACACAGACAAGAGGAAGCUUCUGCCACUGUCAUCCAGCGUGCCUACAGGAGUCAUUUGCUCCUGCGCUCCAUAAAGCAGGCUUCUUACCUGUACCAUCACAGAACUUGCAGUAUUGACACUCUUGGAGAUGCUGCUCCAGAAAAAGAAGGACUUAUUGCAUCUAUGAUGGGUGAAAAUUAUGGUAGGAGUCCUGACAAGUCUGAAACUUUGUCCUCAGCAUCCUUUCCUCCAUCGUACGACAGCGUUACGAGAGCCAGUAGUGGCAACCUCAUGGUUGAGAAUGGAGAAAUUAUAGGUAAUCAGCAAUCUCCAGACAUUAAAUAG